GUACAAGCUCAGCUGUCAACGUCUCUCUCUGUUACGCCUCUUCGCGACAAGGGAUUGGGGUCGAAAUAUAAAAUUGCAAAACAAUCAUUCAUGACGUCUUUCUGCUUGUGCAUUCCUCGAUUCCCCCUUUCACGCUCUGUUUCUCGUCUGCAAAAUUCGCCUCAACAGGCAUCACACAAUUCCUAUCGAUCUAGCAGCACAUCUCCAGCGUCCAUUUCCACAUCUACGUCCACUACACGUAUCGGACAGCAGCCCUUGCCCAUAGGACUACAGCUCAAGUCAUGUCUAGACAAAUGGUAUAUCAUUGACCAAGUGCUUUCCGAGCGACGUGCCGCUGGAAGGACUUGGUGUGUGUACAGUGCGACACAUGAGGGGAAGCAGUUCAUUCUCAAGGACAUCAUUCCAGGCGACUUCGACUACAUUAUUUCGCUACAAAAGCAUGUCGAGCACUCUUCCCAUGUUCGAACAGCCGUGGAUAGCAUUCCUGAGCGGCAUAUUCUCGUCUUCCCCUAUCUCGAGAAGGGACUGCUCCAUGUCGACAUCUCAGCUCUUUCUUCCGUCGCCAAAAAGGCCAUCAUAAGAGAUGCUCUUACUGGCCUCGCUGAUCUGCACGACAAGCACAUCAUCCACACCGACAUCAAGCCUACAAAUAUCAUGGUGAAUUCUUUCCAUCAGGAUAAUGGCGACCUUGGAUGGUGCAAUGUCCAGAUCACCGACCUGGAAUCUGCCGUGAUACUGCCGCCCAAAGCCAAGGGCCUCACAGACCGGUUAUCGGGGAACCACUUCUGGAGAAGCCCUGAGGCUUGGGCUCGGGGGAUCCAGAACACCCCAUUAGACAUAUACUCCUUUGCCAUCGUCGCAAUAUUCGCGUGGACAGGGAGGAUGGUGUUUUAUUCCGACGAGGCGAACCGUGCUUCCCCCGAGGAGCAGGCGCACCUGAUACUCCGGCGCCACUUGUCGUUCUUUGCCAGCGAGAUGGAGGAUUUCGAGGGCUUUAUUGCGUAUCACGGGGGAGACGGUAAUCCGUUUGUCGGGCGUCUCAAGGACCUGCUCUAUACCUUCAGCGAGGAGGAGCCGAGGCUGCCCUUUGGGAGGUGGCAGCAGGUGGACCCCGGGUUUAGGGAUCUCAUCUGCAAGAUGACCUGCAUGGACCCUUUGCGGAGGAUCGCGGCGCGGCAGGCCUUAGAGCAUCCUUGGUUUGUUGAAGACUAAGAGGCCCGGUACGGGUAAUCCCCGGCGAGCGCUGUCUGCGCAUACGAUAGGUUCGGGGUGAACGCCACAGCACCUCAAGAUGUAUCCAGUUCAAGACGAAUAAGCAUUGUUCGACGGAUGCC